UAUGGCGUCGUGUAACUGAAUACAAAAACACAACAAAUAGUAAACAGAAAAAUUAUAAAUCAUAAUUAUAUAGUUUUUAUUAAGUUUUCAUUACCAUAAAAAUAUUGAUAAUGACGACUCAUAAAUCAGUUCAUCAGCCUAUCCGGCUAUCAGAAUAUAUGAAUGUUUCUAAAAGUUCUGAUAAAAAAUUACACAAGCCAAGGAUGGAGCCUGUACGGAUCAAAGAUUUAUUAUUAUCUUCCUCUAAAGCAUGUUCAUCAAGUGUUGAUCGUCCAUCAAGGAGAACAAAAUUAUUUGCUAUUCCAAAAAAAACAGUUCGACGUGCUCUUUAUGAAAAAUCACCUUCUCCUGCAAAAAGUUCAUCAUCACAAUCAUCUAUUGAAACUAAAAAUUCAGUAUCUAUUUCUAAAAUUAAUACAUCGAAUAAAAAGAAUACAAGAACAUUGCCUCAAGCUAAGACAAGACAAAGUAUGUUACCACAGCCAAAUUUUAUAGUUAAAAAGCAUAAGCAAAAAGUUCUUGAUGAUAGUAUACCAGCAAUACCUACUGUUGUUGAAGAACGCUUGUCAGAAGUAAUUAAUUUAUCGCCACCACAACUUCAUGAAAGAGCAACUGUUAUUAAAAGUAUUUAUUCAAAAAGUUCUACUAUAGAAAAAAAUAAAACUAUAAAUGAUUGUGAGAUUGUCAGAGUUGAGAAUGAUAAUGAUAAUAAUAUUGAGAAUAGAUUAAUUGAUGAUCUUGAAGCUUCAAUCGUUGACAAGGAAAAUAUUCCACCUGAUAAUAUUAUUAUUCAACCUUUAAUGAAUAAUAGAAGUCCAAAAUUAAAUGAUUUCAAUGAAAAAAACAACUUGGAUUCAUUUGAAAAUAAUAGACUUGAAAAAAUAGAACAUGAUUUACAAAUAGUUAAAGAUGAUUUGCGAAUAGUUAAAGAACAACAAUCUUUAUUGAUUGAAUUUGUACAAAAAAUUUUUAAGACAUUAUCAAUUACCUGUGAUGAAUCCCAAAAAAAAAUGGACGAACCAACAAACAUUUCUUACAUACCUUCAUCUCCACAAAUUCCAUUAAUUACUGUUACUUCUACACUUUCUCAAAUUAAAGAAAACAAUAACAAUAAUGAUGACAAGAAUACAUUAAAUGAAAAAAAACGAAGAAAAUCUUUAACAAGCACUGAAGAACGCCGACGGUCUGCUCGAAUCGCUGCCAAAUUAACACCGAGGAAAAGUGAUAGUUUUAUUUCACUUGAAAAUGAAUUGAAUAUUGUACAUUCAACUUCGAAAACAUCUUCAGCAUCUGCAACACCAAAAAAUGAACAAUUUAUUUUUAAAUCAAAAAGUGCACGACCACUCCGUGAAUAUAUGGCAAUGAAAGCUAGUAUGACAUUUUUAGAGACCCCAGAUGCUACUGGAUUUCGACGUAAUAUAAAUUUUGGAGAUGACACACCUGCAAGAAAUAAAAGUCUAAGGCGAUCUAUAUCAAGCAAAAUUUUUAAUGAAUUACAAGAUUUAUAUAAUGACUCUGAAGAAGCUGAAACUUCUACGGAUCAAUAAACUUCUUCUCUUUGCAACUUAUUUUUGAUAAAAAAACAUAAAUAUCUCAGUGAAAAUAUUGUAGAUCAAUUAUCAGGAAUAUAUUAUUUUUUAAAAUUAAUCAUUUUGUACUAGUAUAAUUUAAUAUAUAAUUCAAAACAUUUUUAAAAAAGUUUUUGAUAUAACGUAUUAUUUUU